AUGCCUAUUCUGCACAUUGUGAUAUUCAAACUCAAGCCCGGCGUGACCGACGCUCAGCUCGCCGAGAUGCGAACUGCCGGUGAGGCCAUGGUUGGCCAAAUACCAGGUCUUCGAUCAUUCCAAAUGGGCGGUGUACUCGCGAGUACCGCGCAUCGAGCACAGGGAUUUGACAUGGGCGUGAUGGCUGUCUUGGAUACGGAACAGAACGUGCUUGAUUAUGCAUCGCACCCCGCACAUUUGGUUGUUCACAAGAUUCGGGAAGUUCUUUGCACGGACACGCUUGUAUAUGAUAUGCAAGUGUAG